AUGCAGCGCUUCAAUCUCCCGAUUCUUGAACCUCUUGAGAGGCCAAAUUCAUGGUACCAGCCCACUACACCAAUGCCUGUUGCACCCAGUCAUGCGCCGACUCCUAUUGAUGACAACCUUGACCGCCAACCCUCACCUAGCUCCUACUCUUCACCUAUCCCUGCCCGCCCUGUACCAAUGUCAUCAAAACUCGACCUGCCAACUCUCACAUCCAUCACCUCCACAGAUGUCCUUAUAUGGCUCACGUGCUGCGCAGAUUCUUUCGAGGCCUGGUCAGCACUGAACAAUGACAAGAAACUCAAACCUGAAACUCAGAUUCUGGUUGCUGGACUCAAGAUGGAGCAUGCUGAGGCAAUGGCUUGGUGGAAUGAGAAUCGUGAGGCGCUGAAGAAAAUUACAUCAUGGGAUGAUUUUUCUGCAAAGGUGAAGGAUCGUUUUGUGCCAUCGAAUUGGUGCUUGGAUGCUCUUGCUGCCUUCUACGCAGUGAAACAUGCUGCAGGUGCUGACUUCCAAAUGUAUGCAUCAGACCUUCAGACAGCCCGCAAUGCACUUGCUUCAGCUGGAGCUGGCUAUACCAUCUCAGAUUCCAUCGUCAAGAACCAUCUUCUCUUUGGUGCCCACCCUAUCCUCUCCCUUCGUGUUCAUGGCACAUCAUCCUUUUCUACAUUCUAUGGCACUAUGAAGCUCAACGUACUGAUCAACCUGAUGUCGACAACUUGGGCAAGCCUUGUCGCAGAAGGUGUCGUUUGCCUCAGGCCAGCUGUACCUGCAACUCAGUUGCUGCCCAGCUCUGUUACUAGCCAUUCUACACCACAAUCUAAUAGUACAACACCUACGUCAGUGCACCGCUAUCCUCUUCUGGAUCUGACGUAUGCUGAAAGAGAAGCCCUUCAUGUGGCAGGUGGUUGUUUUCAUUGCCGAAAGACCCCCAAAUCACCUGAUUGGAACCACCAUACAGCUCACAAUUGUCCUGGUGAUCCAGCAGCAGGUAUUGCCCCCUGA